UACGUCGUCAGAAAACUUGAUAAACGGUCACAUGAAUUCACAAGUUUAAACCGAAUUGAAUAAGUGUUAUUCGUAAUUGGUAAUGAAAAGAUUUAAAUGUUUCCACUUGGUUUGUGGAUGGUAUUGUGUAGUACUGAAAGAAAGGCAAUCAUUAUAGUACAUAGAAACUGGUCCCGUGACAGUGUUUAUGUGUCGUGGAAGGUUUAUCCUACUAACAUAUGUGUAAAAUUUGAUAUGUUUAAUUAUUCAAAUUUAUAUCAAACGUAAAUGUAAACAAAUAAAACACCCAAGCACGACAUCAUAAUGUGAAUGUUGUAUUGCGAAUACUUUGGAUUUUGUAAUUGACAUUCUUGUUUCACUGGUCAGAGAAAGGGCAGAAACGGGGCAGCAAACUGUUAAUUAUCCUAUAUUCAUGGACGUCUGCAAGAAGGCAUUGUAAAAAGCUGCUAGGUAAACUACCGGCCUGAUCAGUUAAAGUCAUGCCGAAACGGCUCAAAAACAAACACUAAUCGCCAGGCCGAGGAGGCGAACUGUGUCAAUGGCUGACGAAGGCAUCAGACGUGAUGAACCAGGAGAGGUCCCUAAACAGUUUCAAAAUGAACAAGCCUCUGCUGAGACUUCUACUAUAAUGAAUGUUCUGGGUUAUGGGCCUCACAUCCGACAGGCUCGGAUAGAAGCAUACAAGGCGUCGGACAGGCAUAGGACUGCAAAGGCGCGUGGUAUUGCAACGUGGAUCACCACGGGGAGCAAGGCUGAGGGUCUGACCAGCUUUCUGGAGAGCGAUAGAGACCAUUUGGUUGUUAGAGAAAGUGUCAUCUGUUUAGAAGAUGGUGUUAAUUCAAGUAGCGUUCCUGUGGAGACAACCAUAUUUAGAUCCUGCAGUCGUAUUAGUUACUCCGGACACUGUAGACUGCUACUUGAACAAUACGGUACAACUAUUCCUAGAAUAGUGUACAAUGCCUUGUGUGAUGAUGGAUUUGGUCGCGGACUAUUAAGCAGCGACUUAUAUGUUAAUCAGUGUUUGAACGUUAAACAGGGGGAAGGCACAGUACAACAUGAGAGUGCUGGACCGUCAACGCCAUUUACAAAUUAUGUUCUUGAAAGCGAUUGCGUGCAUGCGCUACAUUAUUACUGCCCCAGCAUCCUAACAAGAUGGGCGGCAAGACAUCGCUACUGGCCAUCACCUGACGUCGUUAGGGAGGUUGUAUCACUUGGAGCAUUUGUUUCUCCUGUUGGGGUUAAAGGCAGCGAUUAUGAACAUGUUGAAUGGAGAAUGUUUUUUAACACCGGGGAAAACGUACUGAUAAAUAAUCUUAACGACACUCAGGUUAAAUUAUAUGUGCUAUUAAAAAUGGUGAAGAAAGAUGUAUUACAACCGCAAAAGAAGGAGGUGACAUCGUUCACGGUUAAAAACAUUGUAUUAUGGAUAGCAGAAAAUAACCCGCACACAUUGUUUCAUAAAAGAAGUCUGUUUCACUGGCUUCAUGAAGGAUUAUAUGCGCUAAGAGUUGCUAUAGAUACGAAAGAGCUGCCUUAUUACAUGAUCCCAGGGCGAAAUCUGAUGGCAGCCUGCGCUCUGGAUCAUGAGCAGAAACGUUCUUGGAUAGCUACUAUUGAUGAAAUGAUGACCGAAGGUCCCCGGAUGAUAUUGAGACUACCGAAGAUACGACAAGCUAUAAUUGCUCAUCCUGAGCCACUACGAUGGUACAGCGGGAGGAGGAUAGAGACUGAGAUGCUGAUGCUGAUACGCAUGAACAGAGUCACCCUCGGUAUGGAUCAUGAGACGGAUGUUAUUAUGCAGGCAGUAGAAAGUCGUCAGAAGGAGGUUGUGAGGGAGGUUAGGAUGAGGAUGCUUAUGGAAGGGGCUCGAGUAAAUGAUAUACGGAAUGUAUUGAUUAGUAUGUUGAUGUAGAACUUUGACUUGCACUUGAAAUUCACAUAUAUAGAUGUAAGGAGGUAUCGUCUGUUGGUAAUUAAUUGUUGGAUAGAGAUGGAGUUGCUGUGGCUGAUAUGCAUGAACAGAAUGGCCCUCGGCAUGGAUAAAGAGACGGAUGUUAUUAUGCAGGCGGUACGCAGACGUCAGAGUGAGAUUGGUAUGGACGUUAUUAUGAAUAUGAUGAUGGAAGGGGGUCGAGUAAAUAAUCAUCGUAAUGUAUGGACAAGUAUGAUGAUGUAAACAAAUACACUUAUCAAAAGCCAUUUGACUAGCAACUGUAACACACAUGUAUAGAUAAGGGGUUGUCGUCUGUUGGUGAUUGUUAUUUAUUGUGUGGAAGAAUACUAUGAAAAUGUAAUCUUCGUUAAGAAAACUGUUCAUAUAAACGUUUGAAAAUUGUUGUAUUAAUCCUAUAAUGCCUUUGAAGCGACGAAAUGAUGAUGACUGGCUGAUUUAAAACUUUGAUCACAUUUUACGAUAACAUAAUUGUUAAAUAGGUGGGCUCACGUAAAGUCAGAUCCCCAUGUUGAAUGUCAUCCAGGGUCUUAAAAUAUAUCUAUAUAUAUUUGUGUUAUGCUUGACAUGCGUCCAUGUACGAGUUGUAACCCAAUGAACAUUAAGUUAAUGUGAAAGCAGGUUUAAUAUGUAUGACGAUAUAAUAGAACAACACGCGAAUACUUCUCCAUUAAGUAUAAAGAUGUGUUUCGUACCUACUUAUUGAAAGUAUUUUUGGAAACAAUUAUCGAUAGAUCUAUUACAAAACGAUGCACCCUAGGUCCAUGCUAUAUAGUAGCUUGUACGUCAUGACGAUAUUCAUUUUAAGGUUAAAUAGUUCAUUAUAUGUGUCUUGUUCUGAGAAAACUGGGCUUAAUUCAUGUGCGUAAAGUGUCGUCCCAGAUUAGCCUGUGCAGUCCGCACAGGCUAAUCCGGGACGACACUUUCCGCCUAAUAUUGAUUUUCGGUAAGGAGGGACCUCCUUGAAACUAAAAAUACAUAAAAAGCGGAAAGUGUCGUCCCUGAUUAGCCUGUGCGGACUGCACAGGCUAAUCUGGGACGGCACUUUACGCACAAGCAUUAAGCCCAGUUUUCUCAAAACAAGACACAUAUGUUUUUGUUAUUGAAAAGGCUUGUUUUUUGGAAAAGACUUGUUGAUCAAAUGUCCGCAAAUUUAUUUAGUUAAGAUAUUGCUUUAUUUGUCAACCUGUAAUGCUACUGUCGCGAUACGAUUUUAUAUAUGUAACUGCUGAAUUAUAAUAGUUGUGUUCUUGCUGCUGUAACAGUAUGUCUUACACAACUGUUGUCUUUGUAUGUGCCAAAUAUUAAAUAUGAUCAUUUUAUUGUAUAAGAAAAUGUAUUAUUAUAGUGUUCGAUUAAACGGUAUAUGUGGUGCAGUUGUUGCGUCCGCUUGAAAAUCAUUUACGCAAAUUUGCUUUGAAUUUAAUAAUGCACUUUGUAUAAUUGUACUCAUUUUGCUUUGAAAGCUUAAUUGUUUCAGUUUAUGUUUAAAACUGUAUUUAUUUAUUUACAUGUGAAUUAAAUAUAGUUUUAUA